AUGGAAUACACAGGAACAUUGAAACGAAGUAAACAUCUUGUGUUGCAAGAUGAUGGUGGUUAUGUGAUAAAUUUCAAUGAAGAAGAGCUCAAAACCAUCCAAGACUUCAAGAGAGGAAAUGACUAUAUUGAAGUUUAUUGUGGCACUACAAACAAAAAAUACGGAGAUUUUGCUGGGAGGCUAAGAAUCAAUGGGAAAGGCCAAUUUCUCAUCACUUGUCAGUGUUGCUCUGAGUGUACUCUAGAGAAUUUGACUCCAGAAGAAUUUGAGAAACAUGCUGGAAAAGAAGGGGGUGGAAAAUGGAAAAACAACAUCUGGGUUCAUGAGGAAAAAGAGGACAGAGUUCCAAUUUCAAAGACACCUUUGUUACAAUAUUACACACAUCAAGCAAACGUGUCUAACUGGAUAGAUUCUGUGAACCGGAAGCGAAACUUUCACAGGGAUGAAUUCAUUUGCUGUUCAAGCUGCAACAAGAGGCGCAAGUUUCGUCUCAACUGCAGGGACGAAAUCCGCAUCUACCAUGCUGCUAUGAACAACAAAAUGUGGAGUUGUUCUGAUUGGCCUUAUCAGAAGUAA